UAUUAUGUUGCAGGAAAGUGCUUGGCGAGCUGACUUGGAUCAUCUCCUAGAUUUUAGAAGAGAAAAAAAAAGAAUCCAUAGCCAAGAUUAAAUUUGCUAAACCUUUAGGCUUUGCUGUCAAGAAAUAUUCCACUCUUGGAGCAUAGGAUGGAUAUGGAAGACAUGGGCUCAGGUAAACUAGGCCAUAUAUUGAGGCAGAUUUGGAGGCAAAACCUGAUGCUGACGCAGGUGCUUCUGGGUGAAGACCACAGUGAAGGGGCUGGUGGGGCCACUUGGGUCGCCACAGUGGUCUUUCUGGGUCAGGAGCUCAGCAGGGCCCUUCACCAGCUCUUGGAGCACACUGCAGGGACACUGCGGUCCGCCUGCCAGCAGCUGUAUGCGCUGCUUGACAAAGAGAAUCACGGCACCUGGAGACAAGAAACCAUUGCGUUCAUAGAGCGCCUCAUGAAAAUAAAUGAAUAUCUGGGGAGCACUGCUACAUUUCUAAAGAAAGAAGAAAAGGAGAUGUGUAAUUUAUGCGGCAUGCAUGAUGAAUGUACUCCACUGCAGACAAAGUCCACCAUUCAAGAUAUCAAAGCAGCAGACAUUGCUGCAAGAGAGGAACAAAAUGUCAUAGAAACAGCUACUGUUUCUCCCACAAAUGGAGAGGAAAGUCAUUACACAAACCAGGUCCAGUUGAAAAAAAAUAAAAUACAUAGGAGUUCAGAAUUAGUGGAAAAAGAAAACAAUACAUCAUUGAAUGGAGAUGUAACAGGGCAAGAAGAGUCACAGAACAAAAUGUUCCCAGAUAAUGCAGAAAAUAAAGAUGAUAAACAAAUAGAACACAUGACUAUUGAGAGCAUAAAUGGCAACAGGGAAGAGUUGCAUGACAUAAUCCAGACAACAGAAAGAGAAAUUCAAGAGAUCUCAGAAAGCCAAAGAGAAGAGAUUACCACAUCCUCAAUAACACAUGAUAACUCCAAUAAAUGUGUGAAUAGUCUUUCCAGUGACUCAGAGAGUCUAAAGCAAAAGAACAACAUAAUGGAAAAGGAGUAUCUUGAUGUGCUGAGUGAUGAUACUCUCCCCCAAGUGUCUUGUUAUAUUACAGCACCAGCCUAUGUUCUACAACAUUUACAAUGCAGGAUAAUUAAUAGCAUGAGCUCUUUAACAGUGAGUGAGAAUGAAGAGUUGGUCAGCAAUGUCAUCACUGUGGAGUGCUCAGAUACGGAAAAGAGAAUUCCAUUUCCAAUAUGCAUUGCGAUUCCAUUUACUGCACGUUACAGGGGAAACUACAGAGAUAUCAUGGUGAAAGUGUCUGACAUAAACCUUCAAUCAAGUUAUCUAACACCAAAUUCGCUGGAAGGAAAGACAGGAAGUUACAAGGGGACCUGUGCUGAAGUGAAAGUUUAUAAGUUGGGGAUCUUUUCUGUUGUGUCUUGUUUAAAGAAAGAGUCCUUUACAGUAACAAAGAAAGGUCUUACUCAUAAGACAAGCAUGGAUUCCCGAAUAUCCUUAAAUUACCCUCCAGGAGUUUUCAACUCACCAGUGCUUGUACAAAUAAAGGUUCAACCAAUUGACCCAUCUCUGGUGGCAUAUUUAAAAACUCAGCAAGAUCCUUCCUACUCAGUACUAUCCACAAGCCCUAUGAUUCAUAUGCAGCACCCGUCAACACAUCCUUUUCAGAAGCCAGUCACCGUACUCCUUCCUUGUUCUCCACACCCUGACAAAAAAAAUCUUGGGUCCGAAAUAGAUCAUAAAAGAAUAGCUAGUACCACAACAAACAGAAUCAUACCUUUAUACCUCAACAGGACAAAAAGCACUUCCAUAAGAAAACCCAGGAACAAUGCUUGCGAAUCUUUGAAAUUAUUGGGAUUCAGAAGCCGGGAGAGUGGUUGGUUUGUGCUUGAUGAUGUCGUGGUGAGAUCUGUGCAGAGUGGCUUGGUAUCAUUUGAAUUGUGCGAACAUCUAGAGAGGUUGAUUGUGCUUCACCCUUCUUCCGUUGUGGACAGCAGCCACCUGGUUUCCUUUGUGAAGUCUUUGGAGGAAGCCAUGUUCAGCACCACUGCCUGCGUUAUACUUUAUCACCAGAAAGACAACCCACGUAGAAUUGUUAUUUUAGCAGUGCCUUCUAAAGAUUUAUACCAGGUGCUUGGGAGCUUGCGCUCAGAAGCUUCUAGUGGUCCUCCAGAGCCAUCUCGCCAUUUCCAAGUGAAAGAAGGAGAAUUGCUUCUUUUACGAUUUACUGGAAAUAUAUUUGCUUCAAGCAAUGGGAAGGAUUACGGUAAAGACUACAAGCUUAUUUUUCAUUUACAAAGGAAACCUAGACUGGAACUCCAAAUCAAAGAAGUGGAUGAAUUUGGAAACUAUAGCUGCCCUCAUUAUAAGGGUGCCAUUGUAGUUUAUAAAGUACCUAAAGAAAAGGUAGUCCACGGCUGGGAUGACUCUCUUAUAUUUAACGAAAACAAUUAUCAGUUGCCAAUUUGCAAAUUAGCAUUGAGAUUACCAAAGCAUGAAAAAUUAAUCAACCGUCCACAGAGUACCAAAAGAAUUUCUACAGAUCCGCUCGCAGCCCUGUGGGACAACCUGCUUUACUGGCUGGCGGACGAGCUCUCGGAGGAGGACGCCCUGUGCCUCUCCUCCUCGCUUCCUCUUCGUCGCAGCACCAUCCAGCUCAUCAAGCUGAAGAGCCCCGACGACCUCACAGAACAGACCCACGAACUUCUCUGUUUUUGGAAAAGAUCACUCCCAAAUUCCACCGACAAGCUUCGCCUCCUGGCUCGCCAUCUCCGCAAGAUCGGCAGGAAUGAUCUUGCAGAAGAGCUCAAAUUCAAGUGGGAGAAUAAAGUGUUCACUGAUCCACAGCAGUGGUCUGAGGUGGCUGAAUUAAGCCCAACUGCCCUGGCUUUAGCCCUAGAAAAAGGGUCGUAGUUGGUUUGAAGAUGGUUUCUGUCAACAUUUUACUAGCAGUUUCCCAAUAAUGUUGUUUGAACUGUUUGAUAGAUGCAAUAUUGAGACAAGCAGAGAAGCACUAAUCAGAUAAUAAAAAGCAUCUGCGGGUUUGAGUCCUUGCUCAGGAUUCAGUAAUGUAUGUUCUGCAAGCAAGACUGUCUUAAGCCAAACUUAAUAGUAUUUGUAAUAGAGUUCGCCCUGUGUAUAUUUUAAUAGCUGAGGUAGCUUGUUAAGUUAAAGGCAAUACAUACAUACAUACAUAUAUAUGUGAUAUACAGAAUUCCUUUUUAUUAUUAUCUACAUAAAAGUAAACAAGUCACUCAGAACUCCAAGUAGCUAAUUCACAUUCUAAGUAUACUGUGUUUUCAAAAACAUUCCUAUCAGGAAACCUUAUAACAGUCAAGAUUUUUUUAUUAUUUUACAUGUUUCCAGAAAAGUGCAAUAUUUUCCAUGUGCUCUGGAAAUGAGGGAAACAGACUGAAAUGUGCAUUGUUUUUUUGACUACAAAAUAACAGAAUAGUCAAGAAAAUUAGAUUUGCCUCUUAUUCCACCACUAGAGAUUACUCUUAUGAAAAUAUUUGCUUCCAGUUUUCUUUUUCCCUUGAAGGAAACGUUUUUACUUCUAUGUACACAGACGUAUCAAUAUAUAAAUACACCUAUGUGCAUGCAUAUGCACACACACACGCUAGUACACACAAAUCUCUUCACACAUAGAGUCUUACUCACCCACCUCCUCCUCACUCAUACACAUCUCACACACACUCUCUAUGUCCUUACACCCCCACAAGGAUACUCACUCAUAUAAAUGCACACAUCCCCUCCCACACACCUGUCACAAACAUGUCUGCCCCUUACAGGAACAAAAGCUCGCAUCCACCUGUACACUCUCACAUGCGUUCACACACUCGCACACACAGCCUCCCACGCUAACACGCCUUUUCACAUACAACUCCCCACAUAGACAACCUUACACACACACCACCUCAGACCCACCUGCACACUCUCACACACGUGCUUUCACAAAUGCAUCCACACCUCCCUCCAUGCACACACACGCUCAUUAACACUCAUGCCCCACAAAUGCACCCACACGUACACCAUCUCACAUCACCUGUAUGCCUUCACACCCACACUCACACAUACCCUCCUGCACUCUCUCUCUCACACACACAUAAACUCCUUUAUGUUCAUAACCUCACAGGCACACAUCCCUUCACACACUCUGACACGCAUGUUCCCCGAGAAUUAAAAAACGUGGAUAUUAUUGCAGUAGUGUAAUCACACACAGGUACAUAAAGAGCAUAAAGGGUCUUCUCUGUCGCCCCUCCUCUCCCUUAGAAAUCAGACUCACCCUCCCCCGUGCACCCUGCGCCCCAUCUGGUGGGCUGACCUGUGAGGACCCCAGCCACGACGCUCUGGCUUCGUGGUUAACAGGGAGCCCCAGUGGGGGCUGGGCGGAUGGAGGAGAACGAGUUAAAUGUUCCCCUUCUCCCUCCCUUGAAUUCACUGCAGCCUUGGGCUGCAGCCCACGGGCCACUGACCCUCUCCUCUAUGAAGGGCUGUCUCCUGGCACCGGGAGCCUCUCCUGCUCAUGUCUCAGCAGGUCCGGGGCAGUAACAACUCUAUUGCAUCACUGUCCCUGUGGUCCCCACACUCUGCCCAGGCUUUUAAGACAAAGCCUCCUCUAAUUAUCCUAAUUGGAGUGUGUCAUAUGUUUCCUAUUGAGAGCCUGACUGAUGUUUCUCACAGCAACUUUUUUUAUUGCAGAAUGGGGAUCAUAUAUUAUAUACACUUUAAAAUGUCAUUGUCUUUUAUUAAAUUAUGAGCAUUUUCCAGUAUCUUUAAAUGUUUUAAUAACUAUCUCACUUUACAGUCAUAGUGUAACUUAAUUUUAGUAUUAUCCAUUUAAAAAAAAAUUUAAAAAGUAGAAUAAUACAUUAUAUAUUCUUUUAUGUCUGGCUUUUGAAUUCAAAUUUACUUUGUUGAAAUUCAUUCAUGUUGUUUGUGUGGCAAUGGCUUGCUCCUUCUCAUUAAUAAAUACUAUUCCAUUAUAUGCAGAUACUAUAAGUUACAUAUCCAUUUCACUGUAACUAGGCAUUUCAGUAGAUUCCAGUUUGCACCUCUCAUGAACAGGGUUUUUAUUAACUUUAUGUAGAUAUCUAUUGGUGAGCAUACAUAUUAAUUUCUUCUAAGCAUGUAAUUAAGAGGACUAUAACUGGUUACCCUAAUU